AUGUCUACUAUGAAAGCAAUAGUUCUUGAAGAUCUCAACCAAUUUUCACUAAAAGAAGUCCCGAUUCCACGUCCUAAGCAAGGAGAAGUUCUUAUUCGUAUGGAAGCAGCUCCAAUCAACCCAUCAGACAUUGUCUCUUUAAAAGGGCAAUAUGGGAUUAAAAAGCAACUUCCAUUUAUCCCAGGACUUGAAGGCUCAGGAACAGUCGUUGAAAGCGGUGGAGGGUUACUAGGCUGGAGUUUGGUUGGAAAACGAGUUGCAUGCUAUUGCGAUAAAGGAAACGGAACUUGGGCAGAAUAUGUAGUUGCAUCAGCUAAAAAUUGUGUCAAAUUAACAGCUGAAAUUUCUACCGAACAAGGAGCUUGCUUUUUCGCUAACCCAAUCACAGCGAUUUGCUUUAUGGAUAUCAUAAAAGAGCAAAGACAUCAAGCCGUCAUACAAACAGCUGCAGCUUCUGCUAUUGGAAAAAUGCUCCUCAGGUACUGCAUGCAUGAAAAUAUCCCAAUUGUGAACAUCGUAAGAAGACAGGAGCAAGUCGAAAUGUUAAGGGAGAUCGGGGCCCCAUAUAUUCUAAACUCUUCUGAUGAAAACUUCCAGCAGGAACUAAGAAAAUUAUCAGUAAAUCUAAAUGCAACUGUAGCUUUUGACUGUGUUGCUGGAGAAAUGACAGGGACUUUAAUUAAUGCAAUGUGUGAAAACUCGGUUGUUUACGUUUAUGGAAGCUUGAGUAGACAAAAUAUUGGAGGUAUUGACCCUUCUGCUUUGAUUUUUAGUAAUAAAAGAGUUGAAGGGCUCUGGUUACAGAGGAUAAUGAAGGAAAAAGGGAGCAUUUCAAAGUGGAAUAUUGCUAAUAGAGUGCUAAAUUUACUCCCUCAAGUGUUGAAGACUGACAUUUCAAAGGAGUUCGAGCUGGGAAGUCUUAACGAUGCAUUGGAAUUUUACAAGAAAAAUAUGAGCAGUGGAAAAGUGCUUUUAAAGCCAAAACUCAUUCCAAGCAACAAUCAUGUUGAGGGGGAAGGGGGAAUCUUAAGAUUACAAAUAAAAUAG